GCAUAUUGAUCUUGUUAGGUAUUUUAGGUAACAUUGCCCUAAUAUUCUUACUCCAAUAGACUGGCUAAAGGGUUCCUAUUCUUCCUCAUCCCUUCUCCGCUGGCUACAAUUGGAGAGUGAUUGAAGGCUCUCCAAACUCUACAGUGAAGCCUCUCCCGCGAAAUCGAUCCUCUACUUCAGCGCGAAAUCGAUCUUCUCCUCCAGCGUCGUCUGCAACUCCCUCCAUCUGACCUCUUCCUUAAGUGAUAAUAAAGAACAAUUAGAGAAGGUGGUUGGGAAUGAAAAUAUUGUAAAGAAAAGUAGGCAAAAAAAGAAAGGUGGAUUGAAGUCACUUCAGGUUUUAGCUUCAAUUCUUCUAUCUCGUAUGGGGCGAAUUGGGGCAAGGGAUCUUCUCUCUUUAUUGGGCAUAGUGGUGUUGCGAACUGCUUUAAGCAAUAGAUUAGCAAAAGUGCAAGGAUUCCUAUUCCGUGCUGCUUUUCUUCGACGUGUGCCAACUUUUUUCCGUCUGAUUUUGGAAAAUCUUCUGCUGUGUUUCCUUCAGUCAACCUUGCAUUCUACAUCGAAGUACAUAACGGGGACCUUAAGCCUGCGGUUCAGAAAAAUAUUGACAAAGCUUAUUCAUGCACAGUAUUUUCAGAACAUGGUAUACUACAAAAUGUCACAUGUUGAUGGUCGGAUAACUAAUCCUGAACAACGGAUUGCAAGUGAUGUACCACGGUUCUGUUCCGAGUUGAGUGAUAUUGUUCAGGAUGAUCUCACAGCAGUCACUGAUGGUCUGCUCUAUACUUGGCGCCUAUGUUCAUAUGCAAGCCCAAAAUAUGUUUUCUGGAUAUUGGCUUAUGUUUUAGGGGCAGGAGCCAUGAUCAGAAACUUCUCUCCUUCAUUUGGGACACUAAUGUCUAAAGAACAGCAAUUGGAAGGGGAGUAUAGGCAGGUUCACUCACGAUUAAGGACUCAUGCAGAGAGUAUUGCUUUUUAUGGUGGUGAAACUAGAGAGGAAUCCCAUAUCCAGCAGAAGUUUAAGACUCUUGUUCGGCAUAUGCGUGUUGUUCUUCAUGACCAUUGGUGGUUUGGCAUGAUCCAAGAUUUCUUACUAAAGUAUCUUGGUGCUACUGUUGCUGUUAUCUUGAUUAUUGAGCCGUUCUUUUCUGGUGAUCUAAGACCUGAUACUUCAACUUUAGGACGGGCGGAGAUGCUGAGCAAUCUAAGAUAUCAUACUAGUGUUAUAAUAUCACUAUUUCAGUCCCUGGGAACUCUAUCCAUUAGUCAAAGGCGGCUUAAUCGACUUAGUGGUUAUGCUGAUCGCAUUCAUGAACUGAUGAUUGUAUCAAGAGAGCUAAGCAUUCAAGAUACAUCUUCUCUACAAAGAACAGGGAGUAGGAAUUAUGUUAGUGAAGCUAAUUACAUUGCGUUUGAUAAUGUGAAGGUUGUUACUCCAACUGGUAAUGUUUUGGUGGAGGAUUUGACUCUAAGGGUUGAAUCAGGAUCUAAUCUAUUGAUUACAGGUAUUUUCUUUGACUUGAACAUGAUCCAUAUUUUUUGCAUGUAUUUUGUUAUUUUUUCAUCAGCUUGUCUUUGUAAAUGCGGUUCACUUUUGCUCCACCAUGAAAUAAUUGAUCUUGAGUACUUAUUAGAUCGUUACUCGUCUGAAAUAGAGAUAAAUUGGGGUGAUGAACUAUCUUUGGGAGAACAACAAAGAUUGGGAAUGGCCAGACUCUUUUACCAUAAGCCCAAAUUUGCUAUUCUUGAUGAAUGCACCAGUGCCGUGACAACUGACAUGGAGGAGCGCUUCUGUGCCAAGGUCAGAGCAAUGGGACCAUCUUGCAUCACCAUAUCCCAUCGCCCUGUACUAGUGGCAUUUCAUGAUGUGGUUCUGUCCUUGGAUGGUGAAGGAGGCUGGCAGGUUUAUUACAAGAGGGAGGAUUCUGCAGUUCUUGGUGAAGCUGGGGUCAAUAUGAUGAAACCUUCUGAAACAGAACGCCAAAGUGAUGCUAUGGCAGUUCAACGUGCAUUUGCCAGUGCAAAAAAGGAUUCUUCAAUCUCAAAUUCAAAGUCACAAUCAUAUGUUUCGAAGCUAAUAGCAGCAUCCCCCCCUGUGAAUCAUGAUGUUCCAUUGCCCCUAGUUCCACAACUCCAAACUGCUCCAAGGUUAUUGCCGUUGAGAGUAGCUGCCAUGUUUAAAAUACUGGUACCCACAGUGCUUGAUAAGCAGGGAGCGCAACUCCUUGCAGUUGCUGUACUUGUGAUUUCGAGAACUUGGAUAUCAGAUCGCAUUGCCUCUCUAAAUGGGACGACCGUAAAGUAUGUUUUAGAGCAAGAUAAGGCGGCCUUCACUCGGUUGAUUGGUGUUAGUAUUCUUCAGAGUGCUGCAUCUUCUUUUGUUGCACCUUCUUUGAGGCACUUGACAGCAAAGCUUGCCCUCGGAUGGAGGAUUCGAUUGACACAACAUUUACUAAAGAACUACUUGAGAAAUAAUGCAUAUUACAAGGUAUUCCAGAUGUCAAGCAUGAAUAUCAAUGCAGAUCAGAGAAUAACUCAAGAUCUGGAGAAGUUAACCGGUGACUUGUCAGGGCUGGUUACUGGAAUGGUAAAGCCAACUGUUGACAUUUUAUGGUUCACCUGGAGAAUGAAGCUGCUGACUGGAAGGAGGGGAGUUGCUAUUUUAUAUGCUUAUAUGUUACUGGGUCUGGGUUUUCUAAGGAGUGUUGCUCCUGAUUUUGGUGAUCUGGCAAGUCGAGAGCAACAACUUGAAGGAACCUUUAGGUUCAUGCACCAGAGAUCACGUACCCAUGCUGAAUCUAUUGCUUUCUUUGGGGGUGGUGCUCGGGAAAAAGCGAUGGUUGAAUCAAGAUUUGAGGACCUUCUUGAUCACUCUAAGUUACUUCAUCAGAAGAAAUGGCUAUUUGGUACACUUGAUGAUUUCAAAAAGCAGCUCCCACAUAAUGUUACUUGGGCUUUGAGCUUGUUAUAUGCUAUGGAACACAAGGGGGAUCGGGCCUUGACUUCCACUCAAGGUGAACUGGCUCAUGCACUGCGUUUCUUAGCAUCUGCUGUAUCUCAAAGCUUUUUGGCUUUUGGUGACAUUCUUGAACUGCAUAGGAAGUACCUCGAGCUCUCUGGAGGUAUUAAUCGAAUUUUUGAGCUGGAAGAGCUUCUAGAUGUUGCUCAAAAAGAUAAUCCUGUUGCUCUCAUUGAAUCACCGACUAAUUUGACAGAAUCUCAAUCUAAUGAUCUCAUUUCCUUCUCCAAAGUGGGUAUUAUUAGCCCAUCUCAGAAACUGUUGGCUAGGAAGUUGACUUGUGACAUACUACCAGGGAAAAGCCUGCUUGUUACUGGUCCAAACGGGAGUGGAAAAAGUUCAAUCUUCAGAGUCCUUAGAGGUCUUUGGCCCAUUGUAAGAGGAAGACUUGUUAAACCGCACCAACAGCUCGAUGAGGAUGCUGGAUUCGGCUGUGGUGUCUUUUAUAUACUGCAGCGACCUUAUACAUGCUUGGGAACCCUAAGGGAUCAAGUCAUAUAUCCACUCUCCCUUGAGGAAGCA